GCAGGAGUAAAGUCUGCCCUAAAACCACUUCUUUCUCUCUCUCUCUAACGAACCCAAAAAAAAAAAAAAAAAAAAAAAAAGUCACUUUCCCAUCUCCUUCCUCCUAAUUCCUUUACUUCCAUUUAUUCUCUUUUAAACCGAUCAUCUUCAUUUUCUCCUUUUGUCUUCAUUAUUAAUUCUUUUCCUUUUCCACCGAUCAUACCUCUCUUUCUGUGACCCAUACGUGAGGAUCCAAAGUCGAUUUACCGUCUGUGAUUUUAGGCUUUUCUACUUUUUUUUUCCUUUCUUUUUUUUGGUUAAACUUGAGCUUAGCUUAUUAGAAAGAAAGAAAUACAUAUUAUUCCUAAUAAGAUGUGCACUAGAGGCCAUUGGAGGCCUGCUGAGGAUGAGAAGCUUAAGGAGUUGGUGAAACGUUAUGGACCUCAUAACUGGAACGCCAUAGCCGAAAAGCUCCAAGGAAGAUCAGGGAAGAGCUGUAGGUUGAGAUGGUUCAAUCAGUUGGACCCUAGAAUCAAUAGAAGUCCUUUCACAGAAGAGGAAGAAGAGCGGCUUCUUGCUUCUCAUAGAAUCCAUGGAAACAGAUGGGCUAUUAUUGCCAGGCUUUUUCCGGGUCGAACCGAUAAUGCUGUCAAGAACCAUUGGCAUGUAAUCAUGGCAAGAAGGUACAGAGAAAGAUCCAGGCAGCUUCAUGCCAAAAGGAGUUCGCAGAAAUCGGCGAUCGGCGAAAGAAAAUCUUUUACAGAACAAGAAGAUGAUGAUCAGAUGGUCAGAAAUUCGUGUCAAAUGAGGAACAGAUUCACUUCCUUCAUAGACAACUACAGUGGUAGAUAUUUCAAGUAUCCCUUCACAGUUCAUAACACUUUCCCACUUCCCAAACAGUACUCUUACAAUCAAUUACACUACUCAAGUCCUUGUAUCACAAAGCAUGAAGAGAAAUCUGAGCCAGUGGAGUUUUAUGAUUUUCUGCAAGUAAAUACAGAAUCCAAUGGAUCAAGUGAAGUGAUAGACAAUUCAAGAAAAGAUGAUGAGGAGGUCAACCAGGAAGCUAGGGAACUCAUGCAGAGCAAAACUUUUAUAGAUUUCCUGUCGGUUGGAAGUUCUUAAACAUAUACAUGAGAAGCUAACUAGCUAACCUUGUAAUCAUAUACCAGUUACCAUACCAAAAGUCAAAAUAUAUGUAUAUAUAUAUAUAUAUAUAUAUAAAUUUGUAGUUGAACAAAAUAAAUAUAAGAGAAGGUUGAUUAGUCAUGCAAAAACCAUGUACUAGUGAACAACAAGAGAAUGUUAAAAUAUUAAUGGAUUUCCUAGAAGUCUUUUGCCU